UCCUUCCUGGGAAGCAGGGGUGGGGGGUGCUGGGGGCCCCAAGCGACCUUGCCGGAUAAUCCCUGGGGUGGCACCACCCCAGGACCCUUGAGAGAAGCCGGACUGUGGCAGCAGUGGCUGCCGCUGCCCCCCACCGCCAGGGGAGGGAGCAGAGCCAAGUCGCCGCCUCCGGCUGCACCGGGGCCUUCCGAGAUGCAGGCGAGCCCGGGGGCAACGCUCCUGGCCCUGGCCCUGUGGGCGCUCUGUUCGCCGCCGGCGCUGGGCACGGAAGGCAAGCGCAAGCUCCAGAUCGGAGUCAAGAAGCGGGUGGACCACUGCCCCAUCAAGUCCCACAAGGGCGACGUCCUCCACAUGCACUACUCGGGCAAGCUGGAAGAUGGGACAGAAUUCGACAGCAGUCUGGCCCGUGACCAACCGUUUAUCUUCUCCUUGGGGACCGGACAGGUCAUUAAAGGCUGGGACCAGGGCCUGCUUGGGAUGUGUGAGGGUGAGAAGAGGAAGCUGGUGAUUCCUUCCGAGCUGGGUUACGGGGACCGGGGAGCACCACCCAAAAUCCCAGGCGGCGCCACCUUGAUCUUUGAAGUGGAGCUGCUGAAGAUCGAGAGGCAGCAGGAGCUGUAGCGACGUCUCUGCGGGGGGGGGGGGAGGGAUCUGGGGGCGCGACUCAGGAUCUGUUGGCGUGGAGCGUGGAGCGGCCCAAUAAAAGCACAGACCAGAGCUG